GUCGUAUCAUAUCUGGUGAGUAUCAUCACAGUACUCGUAGUCUAGCUAUUUUAGUUGCUCACACAGUUCUUUCUUCCAAUUUAAAUAUAAAUUUAUUGGCUUACUUCCAUCUAAUAGCGUAACCGCAAUAAUGGCUAUUCUUCCUUGUUGCCACGAGCAAGACUACCAAGCCAUCGAUAACAGCAAUAAUGGCUAUUCUUCCUUGUUGCCACGAGCAAGACUACCAAGCCAUCGAUAACAGCGAAAACGCAGACAAACUAUCACUUGAAGAGGAUCGAAUAUCACCCCAACCAUCUCAAUCCCACCUGCCUCCGCCAAGUUCGCAAGACGCACCUCGCCAGGUACCAUCAGAAAUAAAGGCGGAAUUUGAUGAAAUUCAAAUUGACUGGCCAGUUCACGAUGAAAAGUUCUUGCAGGAUUGUCUUAUACCAGCGCUCUACCUAUUAUUUCUAUCUGCAGUCGCUUCUGGAGUCAUAUACGUAUUUGGAAUCGGGACUCGAUUUAGGGAGUGUUCUUACAUGCUUAUGGCUCCAUAUGUCUAAGUUGUGGGUACCAUGGGUGUCAUACGAUAAUUAAUUAAUCGAAGCAACUGCAAAUUUGGAAACUGCUGAGUCUUCCAAGAAGCGCUAUUAUUUUAACUUUUAUGUUAAGUGCGGAAGAAAUAUUAGGAGAGCAAUUUGUUUAGUUAUUUUGGUCAACGAUGAACCUUGGGAACAGCGAAGGUGGCUAGAAACGGAAACUAGGGUUAGAUCUCUUCACUGUGUAAAAGUUGAGGAGGCACAAACAGCAGAUGAAGACAUCAACAUUCACGCCCGUGUUCUGGAC